AUAAAAAGGUGCUUGCUUUAUUUUACUGAUUGAAGAUGAAUACUGACGUUAUUUCUCCAUGUUCUUUAACGGGGUUGAUUUAUUGUAAAAAAGGAAAAUUUUGCAGAAAAAAAAAUGCAUGCUUGCCCAGUUAAAGGAAUUUGAGUAUUAUUAUAUACUAGUAAUUGUUAUUAUGAGAGGGCCUUUAGUCAGGAUGUUUGAUGGAUUUUACCAUGCUGGGGAAUUGUCAAAUUGGAUGGCUUUAUCACCUUGGCCUUUGGUUCUUUGGCGGCAUUCAUUGAGGCUAUGGAGGUUACGUAGGGAAUGCAAAACUUCAGAAAGCUGGCUCAUAAAUUUAACUGGUAACAUAUUGUCAAAGGCUUACUAGUGAGGGAUUGUGAUCUGCUGAAUUUGGAUGUGAUAUUUAGGUACUUUAGUCCUUAUUUUACCAUAGAAAGACUUUCAAAUCUCGAAUUUCUGUAAAUUUUUGUCUGAGUUCCAUGCAAUAUGUAUCUCAUUUGUUAGACUUUACAUGUGAGUUUGGUUGAAAAGCCACUCUUAUCCUUCCAAGCAUAAAAUAACUUUCAAAGAAAUUGCUGCCUAACUACAGUGCAUUUGUCACUGCUAAUGUCAUUGUGGAGUUCAUCUCUUUGAACAUUUAUGUGUGUUAAACUGUGAAUACUUCCUCAGUUCCGUCAUUCCUUGCCUCCUUUUGAAUUAGCUUCACUUAAUCUGCAUCGCUAAGUGAUAAUCAAUUGUGCUUCUUGGCACACUAGGAGCAUCAAUUCGAGAAAUUUCAUGACUCUGGGAACAUGAAACAUGAUGAGCAGAAUAGAGGAGUAUAACAGAGAAUUGGAGGCUCUUCGUGUAAAGGAGAAAGUGGAGAACAUGAUUCAUAAUGAAGACUAUGCUGGUGCAAGGGAUACUUUGCAAAGAGCCCGUAAUCUUUUUCCGCUUGGUGAAAUUGUUCCUAAGCAGACUGUAUGUGAAAUCCUAUCAGCUGCCAAUAUCAACUUUCCAGGUUGUGAGAUUGACUACUACUGGGUCCUUCAACUUGUGCCAUCAGCCAAGACAUUUGACAUAAAGCAUCAGUAUCAGAAACUUAGAAACAUGCUGCAACCUUUGAAGCAUAACUUCCCAGGUACAGAUGUGGCUCUUAAACUCAUAGAGGAUGCUUUCUUUGUGCUUUCUGACAAUCAAAAGCGUUCUGAAUUCAAUUUGCAACGUAGCACUGCCUGGGAAAAUUAUGAAUCACCUCCUCUAGAAGCAACAAUUUCCUCUGAAUUGUCUGAAAUGAAGGGAGGAAUGUCUGCUCUAGCCUCUGGUGAUUGUCAAAAUGUAUCUUUAGAAAACCUGGGGACAAGGAGUCAGGAUUGUUUGACAACGGGCAUGCAUCUAAUGAGAAAUGGAGGAGCUUGGUCAAAUUCUACCAGUAAUACUUCCGAAGGAGAUAUGGCAGAAGUUAUGCUUGACGUGAACACUCUAUCAGAACAGAACCAUGCUGUUUCAAGGGAUCAUCCAUCCUCUUCCAGAAAUAUGGCCCAUGAAGUGCUUUAUCAGGAUAUCUACAACUUCGAUGAUGACAGAGAAGUAGAUAAUAUGGCAAUAGGCCAAAUAUGGGCGACACACUAUCAAUCAAAUGAACAUCAAAAUCGCCGAUAUGCUCAAAUUAUCGCCAGGUCUAUGUCUACAGUUACUGUGAUGUGGCUGAAACCAAUUCCAGUUACUAAUGCAGAGAGAAGAUGGUGUGAGGCCGGGCUACCUGUUGGAUGCGGAUCUUUUCGCCUGGACUUGGAGUCGGGAGAACAGGUAAUUGCACCUUUGCAGUUCUCCUACAAAUGCUCUCUGACUACUAAAGUGGCAGCACAACAGUUUGACAUGUAUCCACAGAAAGGUGAGGUUUGGGCGGUUUAUGAGGAUUGGAACCUCGAAGAAUGGUCCUACAAUCCUGAAGUUACAAAUAGUUGCAACUAUAGAUUAGUUGAAAUUCUCUCAGAUUUUUCAACAUAUACUGGAUUUGACUGCACGUAUUUGGUGAAGGUUCCAGGUUUCAGGAGCAUUUUUCAGAGGGAAACAGGAGGAGGCAUUUCCAUCACUGUUCGCGUCCUUCCACGCAUGUUAUACUCCCUAUCCCACAAGGUUCUGGCAUAUAGGUUAACUGGAGAAGAGAUUGAUGGAGUAGUCAGUGGGAUGUUGGAGGUUGACCAGUUAGCAUUGCCAAAUAAUAUGAGAGGAAAACCAGACGAGGCAGAGAUGUGGAAGAUGGAAGAGUCAGGUGGUAAAGCAGAUGAUGAUGCAAUAAUGUCGGAGAGAAAAAGCCCAAAUCUUUCUAGUUUGACAGGUCAGGUUUGGGCUGUCUACUGUGGAAGAGAUAAAAUGCCUCGGCAGUAUGUGGUUAUACACAACGUGUUCUCAAGAACCCAAGUACUUGUUAAAUUUUUGGAACCUGAACCUGAACCUGAACCUGACUGGGAUAAUAAUUGGCGGCAGAAGAGUUUACCUAUCGCAUGUGGAGCAUUUAGCGUUGGAGACGUAAUCAUGGGUAUGAAAAUUUCGCAGUUAUCACAUCUAGUCAAGGUUGGGAAAACUAUGCCUGGCUACGUGAUUUAUCCUGCGAAAGGCGAGAUUUGGGCUAUGUACCAAAGGUGGAACUGUGAGUGGAAGCUUUCUGAUCUAGAAAGUUGUGAAUAUUGGAUUGUUGAAGUUCUAUCAGACUUCUCAGAAAGAGAGAAGAUUGUGGUAGCGAGGCUGGGUGAAGUGAAGGGCUGCUUCACUUUUUUUCAGCGGCUGCAGGUGGACGGCUUUGAAAUGAUUUGUGAAAUUUCAAGAGCUGAGAUCCAUAGUUUUUCCCACAGGAUUCCUUUUUGUAAAGUCCCUGGUGUUGGAGAUUAUGGCAUUUCAGAGAGUUCUUUACAUUUAGAACCCAACUGUUUGCCUCCAAAACGGAGAAAGCUGGCAUGAAAAUUAAUUUGCUGGAUGGAGAGGUGAAGUGUGAAAGGGCCAGGUUGUUAUAGACUGAAGGCUUCUGAAAACGAAGUUGAUUGCCAUUUUGCAGUGAAAA